AUGUCGGCGGAUCUGUUUGCGGAAUUCAGCUCGACUUCUGCUUCCACGCAGCCGAGUGAUCCGUUUGGAAGCAUCUCUGGAUCUGCAGCUCAGGAUCGCGCGAGGGCUGCUCACUCCCCUGGCUUAACCGUCGGAGUAAAUGCCAACUCGCUGCAACUGGCACCACAAUGGUCGACUUCCCAGAACUCGUCUAAUCGCCUAAGUGGCUCUCACCAACUUGUGCAAAACCCGCCACCAUCCAUGACACAUCAUCUUGAGCUGCAAGACGACGUCUGGGGAGAUUUUGAAGUUGCAGAACAAGCUUCAAAUCCGCCUCCUUCCAUUGUUCCCGAGUAUCAGGCCAAUUCUGCACUUCCGAACGCCACGGCUUGGGGUUCGCACGACAUUGAAGCUGGCCUCCAACAGCGUCAAAGGAAGUCUAACAAAGGUCUAAACUCUGACAUCAUAUCCGGUAGCUUGUUAAGUUUUGAAUCGGCUGGUGCGUCGGAAAUAUCAACAGCGCGGGAAUCUGAGUCGUUUUUUCAGACGCAGAGGGAAAACAGAGCGAAUUCAACAUCAAGCGAUCCUAAUGUGCUGUUCGACGCCGAUGACUUCGUAUUGAGAGGUGAGGAAGUUAUAGCUGAUGAGUUUGACGAUUUUGGGGAUUUCGAGACGGUUGGCUCUGCUCCGGAAACCGAACCUUCCCUGUAUGCUGUGUCCAAUCCGGCCAUAAUGCUCGAUUUGCUGGAAUUGGACAGUGCUCCCUUUCAAGCUCCUGCAGAUGAUGUCACCAAGAGAGAUCCUCUUCCAUCAGCCGCUUUGCCGAGAUUUGGUACAACGACUUCAAAGAACAGCCAGUCCAGCAAACGGACCUUGAAUGAGAGCAAAUCGUUCGAAACUGGGGUGGCGGCUAUCAGGUCAGCUCAUACUGCCGCCAAAAAAACAAGCGCCACAUCUUCUUCCAAGAAACUUUCCGUUUCCCCUUUAAAGAUGGCCUCAGAUGACGACGACUGGGCACCGUGGGAUGACUUUUCAGGAGGUGGUGAAAGCGGCGUGGCCAAGGAGCAGGUGACUGAAACUCCUACGCCAACCAAAACUGCUGAAAGCUGGGGCUGGAAUACAGUCGGGGACGGUCCAUCUGCGUCGGUUACAAAGGACGACGACGAUUCUCCGCCGCCCAUGAAUGUUCCCCCGCCCGCCAUCCUUCUUGGUGCUUUUCCUGAACUGCUUAACCGGGGACAUGCGCUGUUUCGGCCAGUGUCAAGCCAAGGCACUUCUAUCAAGGAGCAAGUUCUCUCAAACCCCAGGACGGUGGAAUUUCUGCAGGGAUAUCUUCUCAUUGCGACCACGGCCGCACGCAUUAUUGCGGGGCGAAAGCACCGAUGGCGUCGGGACAGGAACCUCGCCAAAAGCAUGUCGAUUUCGGCAGCUGGGAGUAAGGGUAUGAAGCUGGCUGGCCUUGAUAAAACACAAUCGGCACGUGAGGACCGCGAAACGGUCGACGUACUUGCGGCCUGGAAGGAGCAUGUGGGAAAGCUGCGGUCUGCAGUGGCGACAGCGAACUCUGUUGCCAAGGUUUAUUUGAGAGUUCCGGAGCUUGCAGAGAACUUUCAGAUCCAAACAGCCAAGAUGGGUCCUACUGCAUCAAAAUCGUGCAUCAUUUGUGGACUUGGGAGAGAGGAAAGAAUAACGAGAGUGGAUUUCGACGUGGAAGAUAGCUUUGGGGAGUGGUGGGUAGACCAUUGGGGUCACAGGGCAUGCAAAAACUUUUGGAUUCAGCACGAAGAACGAUUGCGACAACGUUAA